ACUGUACGUUAGUAUACUCGAGUUCUUUUUUACACAAGUGCCUAUAUUAAAUUGAUGAAAUGUUGUUGAAAGCUUGUUUGGUCGUUUUUCUAAUAACCGUGUCACUUGGUGAAACUCUAAGUUUACCGAUUUCCGAGGUAAGAAAAAUUUAAGUUUCAUAUAUAUUUGAAAAUAUUACUCUACAAAUAUUUUUACAAUAAUAUUACGUUUUUUUUUUUUUUUUUUUUAAUUUAAUCAAAAAUCCUAAAAAUUAUUAAACACUCUAAAAAAUCUUCUAAAGAUCACUGAGGGACUCAAGAAAAGACUGGAUUUGAUGGAAGUAAAUAUUUUUUUUUUCCGUAAAUGACAAUUUUUCGUAUUUUAUGUAUCAAUAAUCAACAUUAUGUGACGGGACUGUCCACCAACGCCACUGCCAAAUUGUACUAUUAAUCGAAUAACUAAGCUUUUAUUUAUUUACCAGUUACAGAAUAAUACAUUGGAGUAUCCAAGUAAACAGUUAAAUAAAACUGAAACAGAUAUUUCGUUCGUAUUCAAUUCAAAAGUUUUAAGUACAUUAUGAUAUCAUUGUUUUAAAUUUCUGUCAACUCAGUGAACGAAUAUUCCAUUUUUAAGUUCGUCGUUUAUAGUAGAUAUAAUGGAAAAUCAGUGGAGCAUUGUUUAUUCGGGUCUGGUGCUUGGCGUCAAGGUCUGGCGUUUAGAUGAUGCUCAAUUUUCCUCCAGCUAACAAAAUGGCACACUUAAAAGUGUUAUAUCCCGUCAGCGUGUUAAUGGAAAUAAAAUGGUUCAACAACAAAUACAACUAAAACUUAAAUUAUUAUAUACUAGCACAAUUUCUAUAGGUAAAUUUCUUUUUGAAAAUCAAAAAUGGGUAUUGAUUUCAUCCCUAAAAAUAAGGGUGAUUAAAAUAGCUAUAAUAUAACAAGGAUGCACCAAGUAAACAUAAUUCCUUUUCUACUGCUGCGCAAUCUCUAUCAACUGUGAUUUCAUCUCUACAUUUUUCAUGGAACUUAUCCUAUAAAAUACUCCUUUUUUGAAUUUCUGAAAUGAGACUCCAUGACUCUAGGUACCGUGUAUAAAUUUGAAAUGAAAUACUAAUAUUGUAGAUACAUUGCUUGUCGUCAUAGUCGUCGCCGCACCGCACCGCAAAAUAAAAUCAAACUGAUUUGGUUAUCAAAUUUUGCGUGUGGCGCAGUGCGGGCGAUUUUAUCGCACCGCAUAUUUUUGCGGUUGUAUCAUCCGUACUUGUUUUACCGGAUUUGUUUUUCUCCGCGCAACACGCAACGCACGCACCGCAUCGCCCCGGAUUCAGUUAGCACACAGCGUUAUACGUUGCAUUUUUUUUCGUUGCGCACACAUUUUUGUUUGACCUCCUCCCCACAAAUAAGACGGAACAUAUUCUUUAGGUUGUCUGUGUGGUCGGUAUGUGAUGAUAGACAGAGAAAACUAGCGUUAAUAUAAAAAGGCCAUUCAAGUGCCUGAUGUAUGAGAAUGAGAUACAAUAGAUGAUGUCUAAAGUAAUUAUUUAUUAGAGAAUCCCACGAUUGUAAUUGUACAACAUGUUUCUUUUAUUAUAUAUAUUUAACAGUCACGACUGAAUGCCGGAUUUACAAACCCAUACAACAAUCCGGUGGAAAAACCUUAUUCCAUUAAUCCCUCAGACAUGAAUUACGGGUCGGUGUUCGAAGCUAUUAAUUGGUUAAAUAAUUACGACGAAAUUAAUGGGACCUUGGAAUACUAUACAGAAUAUAUGAAAUCUAUGUACGUCACUCACAAUAAUAUUGAAGUAUUUUUGUUAAUUCAUUGUGAUAUUUAUCAAUUGUUAAUACUUGAAUAUAACACUAUUAUGUUUUUGCGUUUCAGUCCAUUAAACUAAAGUUCUCGAACACGUGCCCAAGAAAUGCCCAGGAACCAAAUAAACAAAUUUUAUUUAGAACAUUCGACGAUACGCACAAAACACAAUCCAAUAUUAUAAGUUUAAUAUUUAACUAUAAUAUGUUUCAAACGAUUAAAAUUAGGAAAAAUAAUGUCAUACGGCUUCUAUAGUAUAUACGAUACAUACUUAAAAUGAAAAAUGUAAUAGAAUAUAUUUUGCCGAUUAAUAACAAACAAAAAAAAGACGGUACGCACUAUCCAAACGUAACAAAAUGUCCGUCGAAAUAAUGCCAUUAUAAUAUUAUAAUGUCCUGCAUCUACCUCGAUAUUAUUCUCUACCUAUACAAUUAUCCGUAAACAGUAAACGGGCUGUCCCACGGAGAUAUACCCCUUGAAUAUCUAGAAAAUACAAGUGAUCAUAAAUAAACACAUAAUUCUAUAGUUUGUUAUGAUUAAUUUUAUAUUCAACAACAUCAUCAGUGAAAUAACCUAUGGGUUAGUAUAAGUAUAAUAGGCGCAUAAUAUUAUAUCCAAAACAGUAAAUUGAUUAUUCAAACAAUUCAAAUUGGUGGUAAUAAAAUAAUAAAGUAAAAACAAAAUUAUUAAAAUGGUUAAUACUCGUAAAUAAAUAUAUAAAUAAAAAAUGAAUGAAUGCGUCGCCUGGAGUAUUAUGAUAAGUGUACAAGUUUACAAAUGAGAACAUAAAUUAAAAAUUCCACAAGAUACAACUUAAAUGUAAUGAAAAAUCGAAGUAAUCGAAAAUAUCGGCUUUUACCACGCUUAUAUAUUCCAAAAAUCAGAAUUUGAAUACAGGCAAAAUUUAACCAAAAAAAAAAAAUAGGAUUAGUUCACUUAAUGAAUCACAUUAUAUAUUAACAAUAUAAUACUUAUCGGCUAUCAAGAAUAUUUAACGUAAUAUAUUAUAUUAUUGCAUCGUUCGCACCACGUUAUGUUUGCACCUCAAUCGGUUUUUGAAUUUUGAGUUCAAAAAGUUUAUAAUAAACCACGAUAAGUGCACACUGCGCAGAUAUAAUAAUAAUAAAUAUUUAGAC